CAGCUUAUGAGUUGUAAGCUCCGCUGCGUUUAGCUUCAGUACGUGCUGCCGCUCAUCACGUAUUGUCCUUCUGACUUCUGACAGCUCACGAUCAGGCUAUAAGCGGCUGUGGCUCGACUGAAAAACGUUAACUUUACUGAUAGCCUACAUCUUUGGACUUGAGGAGGAGCAUUGCUGCUGUUUUCUUUAUUUCUUGCUGAAUCAACAUUGAAAUUUUCGGACACACAGAGAGCACUAUGCAUGUGAUGAGUGGUGUCACAGCGUUCCUCAGUGUGUUUGGGGCUGUCGGACUGCUCUCCCUCCCCUGGCUCUGCAGCCUGUUGGGUGGGCUGGGGCUCUGCAUGGUCUGGAGGGGAUCCUGGAAGUUCAUACAUGUAGCUCUACGCACCAUCAAAAGAGACCUAAUGUGUCUGGUCGUUAUCCUGCGUGUAAGGUUUUCCAUGUACCGUAAUUUGCGAAAUAGAAGCACAAUCCCUGCCCUGUUUGGCCAGAUGGUGAAACUGCACCCAGACAAACCUGCUUUGAUCUGUGAGGCUACAGGAGAGAUUUGGAGUUUCAAGGAGCUGCAAGAGAGGAGCCAUGCUGUGGCUCACUGGGCACUGACACAGGGAUGGACCGAAGGAGAUGUGGUGGCCUUGUACAUGGAAAGCCAGCCUUUAAUGGUGGCUCUAUGGUUGGGUCUGGCUAUGAUCGGCGUAGAGGCUGCACUCAUCAACCACAACCUUCGACAACACUCGCUACUGCACUGUGUCAGUGUGUCUGGUGCUCGGGCAAUGGUUUUCGGGACAGAGAUGAGAGAAGCGGUGUCAGAGGUGAGUGGCUCUCUGCAGCCCCAGAUGGUUUUGUUCAGCAGUGGUGAGCGGGACAAUGAACAGAAGCUCUGCAGCCUCCAGAUUCAGAGCCUGGAUGCCCUGCUGGACCGUUCGCCCAAACACCCACCACGCUACACACUCAGGAAGAACUUCAAUGACAGACUUUUCUACAUCUACACUUCGGGUACAACAGGAAUGCCGAAGGCAGCUGUGGUGGUGCACAGUCGGUAUUAUCGCAUCGCUGCCUUUGGUUUCCACUCCUUUGGCUUGUGUCAUGAUGACAUCAUCUACAACUGUCUUCCCCUGUAUCAUUCUGCAGGUACCAUCAUGGGUGUCGGCCAGUGUCUGCUCUUUGGUUUGACUGUUGUCGUGAGAAGGAAGUUCUCAGCCAGUCGCUUCUGGGAUGACUGUGUCAAACACAAGUGCACUGUUAUUCAAUACAUAGGUGAGAUUUGUCGUUACCUGUUGGCCCAGCCGGUCCAUUCAUCCGAGGCACAUCACCGGGUGCGUGUUGCCAUUGGAAACGGCCUCCGCUCUUCUGUGUGGGAAGACUUUGUCCAGAGAUUCAGAAUCCGACGAGUUGGGGAAUUUUACGGCGCCACAGAGUGCAACUGCAGCCUGCUGAACAUAGACGGGAAGGUGGGGGCGUGUGGCUUCAACAGUCGCAUCUUGCCCAGCUUUUACCCCAUCAGACUGAUCAGGGUACAGGAGAAUGGGGAUCUGUUCAGGGAUUCAGAGGGACUCUGUGUACCCUGUCUGCCUGGUGAGCCAGGUAUGUUAGUGGGACGCAUCAACCACACUGAUCCAUUGAGGAGAUUUGAUGGCUACGCUGAUAAGGAUUCCACCAAUCAGAAAAUAGCUCACAAUGUCUUUAAGAUGGGAGACUCUGCUUAUGUCUCAGGUGACAUGCUGGUGAUGGAUGAAUAUGGCUACAUGUAUUUCAGAGACCGUAGCGGCGACACGUUUCGUUGGCGCGGGGAGAACGUUUCCACCACAGAGGUGGAGGGAGUCCUCAGCCGCCUGCUGGGACACACUGUUGUUGCCGUCUAUGGAGCUUCGGUUCCAGGUGUGGAGGGGAAGGCCGGUAUGGCAGCAGUAGCUCACACAGGAGGCCAGUUUGACCUCGAUGCGUUCUUGAUCGCUGUACAGAAAGCCCUGCCUUCCUACGCGCGCCCCGUCUUCCUGCGACUCAUGCCAUCUGUUGACACGACAGGUACUUUCAAAAUCCAGAAGACACGGCUGCAAAAGGAAGGAUAUAAGCCACAAGACGCAAGUGAAAAGAUUUAUUUUCUGGACAGUCGUGCUGGCCGUUACGAGGCUGUUACUGAUGAACUAUAUAAUGCCAUCAUGGAGGGGAGAGUGUGUCUAUGAGACAGGAUUAGACAGGACUGUAUAUUUCAAGGGGGAAAGAGAGAUGUAUUUCCAGGGACAAAUACAUCUCAAAAUACUGAUGUGGAAAUAUGAUUGUGAUGCUUUUUGCAAUGAAAUAAACUUUAUAUUAUUUAACACAUUUAAUGCAUCUUUUUCUUGCACUGCAUUUGAACAGAAGACAAUAUGAAGAGUUUUACAUUCAUCCUCU